GAGUUAAAGCUAUAAAGCUGAGUGGAUGUGAGUCAUGAGGCCCGGCAAAGUGAAAUUCCUGUCGGAGGGCUGUGAAGAUGUGAAUGAGGAAGGAGGCCAGGCUGAGUGCGUCCAAAACUAACUUACAAUCCUAAUCAAAUUACCGAAAAAAACGACGAAAACAGCAGUAAGUACUUUGCGAUGAACAAGAUCUUGAGACGCUCCGAGAUGAAAUGAACAAAGACGUAAAAGAGGCGCGCAGCGAGCUCCAAAACAUGGAAGCGGCAAUCGAGGAUUAUAUCCGGAAUGCUGAGCAGAGUACAGAGGCAUCGGUAGACAAGGAGUUAUCAAAAGAUGACUUGAAGGAAGAAUUACAGAAGCUAUUGUUACAAGCUAAUCUCCUCUCCUCUUGUCCUGAAUGUGCUGAGACACUGUUCCCAAGGACACCAGCAAGCCUCCGUGGUGGGGAAUAUCAUCAUACUCUGCGUUCUGUUUUCAAGGGCAAAGAAAGCCUGGUAAAACAAUCUAGAGAAGAGGGUAUUCAAGAGUCUCACUGUGCUUCGCCAAAUAAAAUGUACAUGAAUGUUUAUUUUCCAACCAAUAAAUAUGGCACUAUAUCAUCAGGACUUUACGACAAAUGCUCUUCAUCAUCCCGUGACAGAGGAUGGGCAAUUGGAAUUCAGUCCGUAAGUGAACUGGGCAACAGGGACCCUCGGUUCUACUUCUCUCUAAAAACCGAUCGAGCUCGCAAAGCCACCACCAUCACCGCCCACGAGACCUACCGCAUUAACCAGUGGACGCAUUUGGCGGUGACGUACGACGGACGAAGGAUGAAGCUCUACGUGAACGGGGCCCAGGUGGCUAUAAGCAACGAACAAGUAGGAGACAUCUUCAGCCCUUUGACCAGAAAGUGCAAAGUGUUGAUGCUGGGCGGAAAUUUCUUGAAUCAGAACUACCGCGGUAACCUGGGCGACUUUAGCGUGUGGAGCAGAGGAAGAACUCAGCGGGAAAUAAUCCAAGACAUGAGACAGCACCCUCCAAAGGGUAGUGAUCUGAUCCUUCAUGACAGCUUUGACGAUGUGAAGAGCCAUUGGUUAACGGUGAAAGACGGCAGCUACCCCCAAACAGAGCCCAAGCAUCACAAUGAGUGGUCGUCAGGGACCAUCUUGGAACCUUCCCCCUGUGGCCAAACAGUGUGCGAUAACGUCGAGGUCAUCACGAACUACAACGAGCUCUGGAACUUCCGCAGGCUAAAGACUGUCCGCUACAGGGUGGUCAACAUCUACGACGACCACCACCGGAAGCCCACGGUCACCAAACAGCAGAUCGAGCUCCAGCACCGGCAUCUGAACGAGGCUUUUUGGCGAUACAACAUCACCUGGGAGCUCACGGUCCUGGACGUCAAGAACUCGUCGCUGAGAAACCGCCUCAUCCUGGCCAACUGCGACAUAAGCAAAAUAGGCAACGCGGUCUGCGACUUGGAGUGCAACCACGUGCUGACAGGAAACGAUGGCGGAGAUUGCAAACACUUCAAGUGUUUCUCUUCGUCCAAGAAGCAAGGCGACGGGGUGUGUAACAUGGAGUGCAACGCUGACUUGUAUAAUUUUGACGAAGGCGAUUGCUGCAAACCGGAGGUGACGGAUGUAACCAAGACGUGCUUUGAUCCCAGGUCACCCCACAGGGCCUAUUUGCACGUGAAGGAACUGAAGAACAUUCUGAAACUGGAUGACGGUUCAUCUCUCAAUAUUUUCUUUGCCAAUUCGUCGGACGAAGAGCUUGUUGGAGUUGCCACGUGGCCGUGGGACAAAGAGGCCUUAACCCAACUAGGUGGCAUUGUGUUGAACCCUUCGUUCUAUGGACGCAUCGAUCACACUCACACCAUGAUCCACGAAAUCGGCCACAGCCUGGGGCUGUACCAUGUCUUCAAGGGCAUAUCUGAAAUCGAGUCGUGCAACGAUCCGUGCAUGGAGACCGAGCCGUCGAUGGAGACGGGAGACCUGUGCGCCGACACCAACCCCACGCCCAAGAACAAACAGUGCCGUGACCCCGAGCCUGGCAACGACACCUGCGGCUUUGGCCGUUUCGUCAACACACCUUUCUCCAAUUUCAUGAGUUACGCGGAUGACGACUGCACCAAUUCCUUUACCCCCAACCAAGUGGCAAGGAUGCACUGUUACCUGGACCUAAUAUUCCAGAGUUGGCAGCCCCCCAAGAAACCGCCGCCUAUCCCGGUGGCCCCCGAGAUCAUACACCAGACGGCGGGAUCUGUGCUUCUCCAAUGGGUUCGUCCAGUCAACAAGCACUUUUACGAGAGAGAAGUGGGAUCAGUGUGUGAGGCCUGCAGUGAGCACGGAGCCUUGGUUCAGUACACCUACAAGGCUUCGUCUCCCCUACCUUGUGACUCAUCGGGACACUGGAGCCCCAGGGAAGCAGAAGGACCUCCUGAUGUAGAGCAACCCUGUGAAAACAGCGUCAGGACUUGGAGCCCAGACGCUGGCGUAGAUCAGAAAACAAUUCCCCCCGCCUGCCCGGAACCCCAGGGAUGUUACUUGGAGCUGGAGUUCCGCCACGCGCUAAUUCCCGAUUCCCUGACUAUCUGGGUCACCUUCAUGUCCACCGAGUGGGCGGCUCACGGAGCCAUCCACAACGUCAAGCUGCUGACCGUGAGUGGCAACAACAUCUCCCUGGGACCUCAGAACGUGUUCUGUGACGUGCCCAUUACUGUCAAGCUCUCGGUCGCGGAGGAGGUGUACGGGAUCCAGAUUUUCACCCUGGACGAGCAUCUGGAGAUCGACGCAGCCAUGCUGACCUCAGGAGCCCAGAAUGCUCUGUGCAAACAGUGCCAACCAGUCCAGUACCAAAUCAUCCGAGACCCACCUUUUAAGGCGGGAAGAAGCAUCACCGUCCUGGGCAGACGAUUUGAGGACACGGAAGUGAAACAUGGGAUUCUGUACAAGUAUCAGGUGGUAGCUGUGGUGGGCACGGACGAAAAUGAACCCUCUCCAGAACUGAUCCACGUGCAUGGAGCUGCCUACUGCGGUGAUGGUGUGAUCCAAAGGGAAAUGGGAGAAGAUUGCGACGACAAGAAUAAGGCGAAUGGCGAUGGCUGCUCCAGGUUUUGUCGGCAGGAACCAUCUUUCAAGUGUAUGGACGAGCCGAGUAGGUGUUACUUUCACGACGGAGACGGAGUGUGUGAAGACUUUGAGAAAAUGACCAGCGUGAAAGACUGCGGUCUCUACACGCCGAGUGGGUUUAUGGACCAGUGGGCCAUCAAUGUUUCAGUCUCGCACCACCAUGAUCAAUACUGCCCUGGGUGGGUGAUAAUCGGUCAUCCAGCGGCUACUAAGGUGUGCAAAACCAGAACCAUUGACUUGCCUGACGGAGUGUCCCAAUAUGCUUGGUUUCCCUGUCUGGAGGCAAUUCACAGCCUUCCAUUCAAGUUCUGGCUGAAGGCUUACUUUGCUCAGCCGAUGGUGGCUACCGCAGUCAUUGUCUACCUGGCUACAGAUGGAAGUAGUCUCAUGAAUCAAAGACAGGAAUCAAUUGCAGUUCAGUUGGUUGACACAAAGGAUCAGAAUCACAGCCUGGGAAUGCACCUUUUGAAGUGCAGGAACAACCCUCUCAUUAUUCCAGUCAUGCACGACCUCAGCCAGCCCUUCUACAGGACCAGAGCCAUCCUAAUUACCUUCCAUUCACAAAACGUCGCAAUCUCUGGGGUGGCCAUGCGCUCCUUCCACAACUUUGACCCCGUCACAAUUAGCAGCUGCCAAAGCAGUGAGAUGUACAGCCCCGCAGAGCAGAGCUGCGUCCACUACUCCUGUCAAGCCACAGAGUGUCAAGAGUUGAACCUUAAACACGCAGAGCUGAACUGUACGGGUAGCGGGCAUUAUAACAGCGAUCAGUGUACGUUGACCUGCCAUCGAGGUUACAUGCUGCACAGCCGAAGAGAUGAGGACGCUUCCAAAUGGCAGCCUGAAACGUCAAUGACAGUGACUUGCACAGACGGGAAAUGGAGCAAGCAAGUGACCUGUGAGCCGGUGGAUUGUGGCAUUCCUGACCAGUACCACGUCUACCCUGCAAUCUUCUCCUGCCCUGACGGGACCACGUUUGGCAAAAAAUGCACCUUUCAAUGUCGGCCACCAGCCCAACUGAAAGGGACCAAUAAAAGUCUGACCUGCCUAGACGAUGGACUCUGGUCUUUCCCUGAGGCUCUUUGUGAACUGAUGUGUUUAGCUCCUUCUGCUGUGCCCAACGCGAUAUUUCAAAGCAGCCACUGCCAACAAGAGAGGCACAAAGUUGGCUCAUCGUGCAAGUACAAGUGCAAGCCAGGUUACCAUGUUCCUAACCCCUUGAAAAAGAUAAGGAAGAGGACCUUUAAGAUGCGCUGCACGGAGGACGGGAGCUGGCAGGAGGGGGCUUGCAUCCCCGUGAUGUGCGAGGCACUCCCAGACAAAUUCCACGGCGUUCACCACUGCACCAACGGCUUCCAGUUCAACAGCGUCUGCUCGAUAAACUGCAGCGAGGCCAAGGACUCUGAAUCGAUCCAGAAUGUGGUCCGCUGCAGGAAAGACGGUACGUGGAAUAGCUCGCUGAUAGUCUGCAGUUCAAUGAAUGGAGAAUGUGCACCACCUCAUCGACUCAAUGACCGGAUCAGGCUGAACUGCACAGACGGUUACGGCAUAGGUGCUGAAUGCACAGUGUCGUGUUUGCUCCGCCAAACCGACCCGGUUCUCUUAGCCAGCAACAUGACCUCAGACGACGUGAAAUAUUGGAUGAAUCCUUCCAAGGCAAAGAAAAUUAUCUGUACGGCAGGACUGAAAUGGCAUCCAGCGCCUGAAAACAUUCACUGCAUCAAAACGUGCGAGCUUUACAUUGGGGACAACUACUGUGACGGAGGGAACAACAGAGCUUACUGCAACUACGAUGGAGGAGACUGCUGUGCCUCUACACUCAACAGAAAGGUGGUGCCGUUCCCCAUGUCCUGCGAGCUGAAUGGUGACUGCGCUUGCCGAGACCCAGUGGCCCAAGAGAACGUCAAGGGGAAACGACAGCGUUUCCGUUACAGUCACCAUUAGCGGGCGGGGGGAGGGGGAGAGGGGGGAGCGAAGGAGGGGACACUGAGAGCGUAACAAAAUCACACACACACACACACACACAGCUGAAGGCAGACUGGAAGAGCCACUCAUUCCUUGCUGCUUCUGGGAGAAUCUCUCCGGUCGAAUAAUAAUCACACACACACACACACACACACAAAAUAUUCUGCUAAUCUGCUUUUUGUCUGAAAGCUGGAGUGAAAGAGGGAAAAAAAAACCUAACAAAACAGACACAAACGACACAUUGAAUGAAACGAACAAGCCUCCCUCCCCUCCCCUCGACCCCCGAAAAAGAAAAUAGCAUGUUUCUCACAGUUUCAUACUUGCUCGAGUGGCCUUUCCUGGCUGCACUAUCUAUAUUUGAAGGAGGAUAAAAGAGAGUGAGAGAGAGAAAGAAAGAGAGAGAGAGAGAGAGUAAGAAAUAGAUUCAAAGUCGGUCGAAAAAAAUAUAUAACCCCCCCAAGGUCCAAAUUACAGCAGAACGUGUUUAGAGACAGGGAAAACAAACAGUUCAGAUAUCACAGUAAAGAUGAUUGUCCAGAGGAUUAAGAAUAAUAAAUAUAUUAAAAUAUUGCAAAAUUCCGAAAGGAAACAGCUGUGUUACCAUAGCUGCUGCUGCUAUUGCCAGACGACCAAUACAAGGACAGGUCAACACCAAACCCAAUGUCAGUCUAUCUGCCUUAAGCAAAACCUUUAUAACCUCGUUUUAAAGCCCUUUGAUUUCAUCUCCGGAUUUUCUUCGAAAAACAAUGCAGCCAAAAGUAUUUUGCCGCGGGUUUAACCAAGUCCUGUUUGGAGGGACAUCCCGACAGCUUCUUGUCCUUCUCCGUGUCCAUCUUUCACGGCCGACCAGCCUGUCAAGCGUUUUUUUUUGGUUGGGUCAGCGGGUUUCCAACAGCAAAGUCGGUCUCUCGGUGAAGGUGUGUGGAACUCCACAAGUGAACCGUAUUUAGAUGUUUUGCUGAAGGGAUAAAACCUGAACCUGGGAUGGGAGGUUAACGUACGAAGCCAAUGAAACGGAAAUGUUACGUCUUAUUAUUAAAUGUGAACAAGCCUCAGACGCUGGGGAUAGUAAGAGUAUAAUGCAGAGGGGAAGCUAACGAUGCGAGGAUGGGCACAUCGUCACAAGGAGACCGACUGUCAGGGCAGAGAGCGUCCUUUACAUGUUUAUACUGCCACGUCUAUUGUCAACGAAGCCAUGGACUUGAUGCGGAGACCGUGCUGAUGGUUUAUGAGAGGUGGGAGGGUGGGUGGCAAUGACACCACAUGGUGUAAGAUGCCUGCGGCCGAUAACUGAGAUCGAUAGUUGCCAAUUCUGUCCCGAAGCCCUACUUCGGAGAGCCCAAAGCAUCGGCCAUUAUUCCCACGUCAACCGUUUGCUCCGUGUGACCUCAGCGUGAAUAGCGAGCCGAAGAGGGCUUGUAAUAUCGGCGGGGAUCACCGAAGCAACGGUCUCCACUUCCACAGCAAAGUGUUUGUUUCCGUGACCGGCUCCCGCCCAAUUUAGAUCAACAUUCCAGACUUUGGAAAUAACAUCAAACAACAAAAAAAAAACGCUGAGGCAGUCAGGGUCGGUUUAUCCGAACGAUGGACAGGAAGGCUGCAGCGGCAAAUUACUUUUGGCUGGUGGUCGAGGUGUGUGAAAAGAUGGGAAAAGUAUACGUCAAAAAACAUGCCAAUUUCAAAGGGAUUUUAAAAUGGGUUCCAGCUACCUCCCUUCUCCAUUUUUGCCUGGUUAUAACUGUCGGUUCUUAUAGGUUUUACCUGUGUUAUUUUUAAAUAAAUAAUAAGAAAAAAAAGAAAGAAAAUUCAUGCUGCAAACUCACGACGGACGAGGUUGUGCAAACCGCAUGGACCGAUAUAAAACUACCACACCUUAGGUUUAGUAGAAGACGGAAAAGAAACUCAAAA